GGCCCCUCCGGGAACCGUUAGCUUGUGUCGACGCUGUUGACAAAGGAGUACACGUGUACGUGUGAACGCCCGUGGCGCUAUAAAGCAGUUGUUGAGUAAGUGUUGGUUAAUUUAGCUUCAAUAUCAGCAGCAGUGAUGAAAGUGUCAGAAUUGUGCAACAGUACAUUUUCUGCAACAGGAAAGACUUCAGGAAAUACUGACGAAAGCAACACGGCCCGAUGGAGCUGGGAACUAGACGAAAGCCGCACGGAGAAGAUCCCGAUCUAUGCUCGUCCUUCAGCAGGGAGUCCUGAACUGAAAAAACGGGUGUCGUCCUCAACCCUACCUGUCCCUUUUUCUCUAACUACGAUCCCACCCUGUCUGGCACAGGCUCGUCCCUGGUUCCGUCCCCGACCCCAAGAUGAUUGGCAAGCUCAAGCAAAACUUGCUGGUGGCCUGUUUGGUUAUCAGCUCUGUGACGGUGUUUUACCUCGGUCGGCAUGCGAUGGAAUGCCACCACCGCGACGAUCGAAUCCCGGUCGGCCUGCGCUCUACGCUGCGCACUGGACAGAACAUUAGCGCCCCUUUCGUCUACAACAAGGACAUGCCCCUCAUCUUUAUCGGAGGUGUUCCUCGCAGCGGCACCACAUUAAUGAGGGCCAUGCUAGAUGCGCACCCAGACGUCCGCUGCGGAGAAGAGACUCGUGUCAUCCCCCGGAUCCUGGCCAUGAAGCAGAUGUGGAGCCGCUCGGGACGUGAGAAGAUGCGUCUGGACGAAGCCGGCGUCACGGAUGAAGUGCUAGACUCGGCGAUGCAGGCCUUCCUUCUGGAGAUCAUCGUGAAGCACGGGGAGCCGGCCACUUACCUGUGCAACAAGGACCCAUUUGCGCUCAAGUCCCUUUCGUACUUGGCGAAGAUCUUCCCCCGCGCCAAAUUCAUCCUCAUGAUUCGUGACGGCAGAGCCUCCGUCCACUCCAUGAUCUCGCGCAAAGUGACCAUUGCCGGCUUUGACUUAAACAGCUACCGAGACUGCCUGACAAAGUGGAACCGGGCCAUAGAGACCAUGUACACUCAGUGUUUGGAGGCGGCCGACAAGUGCCUGCCCAUGCACUACGAACAGCUCGUCCUGCAUCCGGAGAAAUGGAUGCGGACGCUGCUGAAAUUCCUCAACAUUCCCUGGAACGAAUCGGUCCUGCAUCACGAGGACCUCAUUGGAAAAACAGGAGGUGUAUCGCUUUCCAAGGUCGAGCGCUCCACAGACCAGGUGAUCAAGCCAGUCAACGUGGAGGCAUUGUCCAAGUGGGUGGGCAAGAUCCCAGUGGACGUGCUGAGGGACAUGCCCGUCAUUGCGCCGAUGCUCGCCAGACUAGGCUACGACCCCCAUGCUAACCCGCCGAACUACGGUCGCCCUGACGCACGUGUCCUGGACAAUACUAGAAGGGUAUUUAAAGGUGAAUUUCAGCUACCUGACUUUCUUAAAGAACAAUCACAGCAACAAAAGUCUUCAGAGAAACCAAACUCGAGUUAGAAGAAGAGGGAGUAAAAUGAUUAAACACACACAGAAGACAAAGCGGGAACAGAUGCAGCAGGACCAUGGUGUGCUCACGUAACCACUACUGGGACCUCCGUGCUGUCUCUCACCCACCACACAAACCCACAGACUGUAUCACCUGCAUACAUAAAAACACACACACACACACACACACACCUUCUCUGGCUCAUGGGCCUGGACCACUAUAUGGAGAACUUUUGGCCUUUGAUGUUGUACUGUAACAAUUGUGGCCUACGAAUGUCAUUGCUAUGUCGGAUUUCUUCCCAUUUAUGUUUUUUUGUUUCAUUUGUGUUUUUUUUUUUUUUUGGUCACAUGAUAAUCAUCUGACUUUUUGUUUUUUCCUGGCUACAUAAAUCUGUGAUUCUGUUAUAAGAAAAUACAGUGGCUAGCAAAGGAAAUAUUUAUGGAAGAAACUUAGCUUUUUGAAGAUGCAAUAUCUAUUUUGAUGUUCUGUUUUUAUUUUCAUGCCUUUGUAUUGUGCAAUUCCUCGGGUACAUGUGUACGAGAUCGCGGUCUGGAGGCGUCGCCGGUGGUAAAUAUAGAAUUGCAUUUUGUACCAUCAUUCACUAGUAUGAUCUUUUGUACACAGAGAAAUGUAAUAAAUGAAUUGUCAGUGUUGAAGGCAAAAAAA